AUGGAUACAAAGAUCCCGCAACAGAAAUCCAACCAGGAUCAUCACGCGAUUGAUAUCAACUCGUUGUUGAAUCCGUCUGUGGAGGAGUCGCCUAUCCCUGGACUCCCGCAUACAAACCAUGCGAAUGCCUCAGCGAAUAGCAGUGCACCCCUAGCAGCGCCUACGCGCGAACCAACAUUUUCUGAACAAGUCGUCCAGAGUAUUUUGCCAGAUGAAAUCAGGAAAGCAGGAUCUAACUCUCCUAUGAGUGCUGAGUCUACCACUUCCAACGGAACAGAUUCGGCAAAUCAGUUCUAUCAAGCUCACCACGGAUAUCAAGCUCCAGAAGUUGAAGCUGCAUCACUGGACCAACAAGACCAACAUCAAGACACGACCAUGGCCGAGGCACCUCCAACUUCUCAUCAAGAUGAGUCGGAUGCUCACUCUGUAGCACCGGAUGAUGUCGUCUUGCCAGAUGAUGGAUAUUAUCCAACUUCUCUACAUGUGGACUCUGAAAUGAGUGACACAGACUCGGCUAUCGGAUCUGAGAUCAUGUCGUCUACCAUGUCAUUAAGAUCCAGUCUAUAUGAAUCGAUACAAGAGAAUGGACGUAGUUACCAUAAAUACAAGGAAGGACAGUACUAUUUGCCGAAUGAUGAUGUUGAGCAAGACCGACUGAAUUUACAACAUCAUCUUUGGACGCUCACACUAGAUGGUCGCUUACAUCUUGCUCCAACCGAGAACCCACAGCAUGUUCUUGAUAUUGGUACCGGAACUGGCCUAUGGGCUUUAGAAUACGCAGAGCGUAAUCCUUCAUCUAUGGUCAUUGGAACUGACCUAAGCGCAAUCCAACCCGAAUAUGUCCCACCAAACUGCCAAUUUGAAAUCGACGACGCCGAAGACGAAUGGACCUACACCACCCCCUUCGACUUCAUCCAUGGGAGAAUGUUGUUCACAUGUUUCCAGGACCCGGCCCAAGUAUUCAAACGCGCCUACGCCGCUCUUGCCCCGGGGGGCUACAUGGAAAUUCAAGACGUGCACUUCGCGCUCGAAUCCAUAGACGGAUCCGCCGACACCUCCGCCAUCCGGGCCUGGAACCAGAAACUCCGCGAGGGCGCCGCGAAGAUCGGGCGUGACUGGCAUUGUACGAUCAAAUACGCGCAGUUCAUGCGCGACGCCGGGUUUGAGGGUGUCACGGAGAGGAAGUUUAAGUGGCCUAGUAAUACGUGGCCGAAAGGGAAGAAGCAGAAGUUGUUGGGCAUGUGGUCGAUGGCUAAUAAUCUCGAUGGGUUGCCGAGUAUCAGUAUGGCGAUUAUGACGCGCGCGCAUGGGAUGACGAGGGAUGAGGUUGAGGUGGGAAUGGUGGAUGUUAGGAAGGAUAUUAGGGAUAAGAAUAUCCAUGGUUAUGUUCCUGUAUAUGUUGUCUACGGACGGAAACCGUUCGCUGAGGGGACUAAAGUUACGUAA